AAAUGAAGGUAGUUCUUCAACGAGUUACUCGAGCUGCAGUCACCGUAGGUGAUGAAGUGGUAGGUUCCAUUGGAAGAGGUCUGUGUGUGCUUGUCGGAGUUCAUCGAGAUGACACGGAAGAGGAUAUGAAGUAUAUCAUUAGGAAAAUUUUGAAUCUACGAGUUUUCCCUGCUUCGGAACAAAAACCAUGGGAUAAAUCAGUUAUGGAUCUCGAUUUAGAAGUGCUGUCUGUCAGUCAGUUCACCCUUUACGGUCAGUUUAAAGGAAAUAAACUGGACUUUCAUACCGCAAUGGCCCCAACAGAAGCUUCAAAAUUUUAUGCUUCUUUUCUUGAAGCCAUGAAAAAAGCUUACAAAGCUGAUAAGAUUCAGGACGGCAAAUUUGCAGCAAUGAUGAGCGUCGAUAUUGUAAAUGACGGACCUGUUACAGUUACUUUUGAUAGUAAAGAAAAAUAAUAAAAAUUUGUUUUACUACU